GAAAUUUUUUUGAAUCUUUGAAUUCAACGCAUAGAAAAAUUUUAUUUUGAAUACAUAAAGAAUUUGUCGAAUUUAAAAUUGAUUAAGAAUUAAGAAUCAUGAGUGAUUCACACGAUGAAUGAUUAAUCACAGUGAAAGUUUUGCGUUCCCUUUUUUAAAAACUUUCAUUCUAUUAUUAUAAGAUGGUUAAUGAUAAUGUAAUUAAUACGUGGAUAAUAGAUUUCGAGAUCUUCUAGUCAAGUAAAAGUCGCUUUGCUAAGAAACUAUCAUCAGCUGAGCUAUGUGAAAAGUUCGGUGAUCAAAUACGUGCUGUAUGAAUACUAAUAUUUUAUCAUAAAGGAAUAAAAACAAAUACUAUUAUAUGAAUAAAAUUUCGCACUGGGAUUUCUUCUGGGAUUUGCAAAUGAUUAGAAAAGUCGGAACUAAAUAUGUGAAAUCAGACAGAGAAUGAAAGAGAGAGAGAGAGAGAGAGAGAGAGAGAGAGAGAGAGAGAGCGAGAGUAUGAAAGAAAGUGUCCUAAGCGAUAUGAAAAAUUAGGAAAAUGAAAUUUUCCAUGGAAAUUGUAACUCGUGAAAGUUAGACGAAAAUUAAGUGAAAAUUGUUCCUACAAGGAGCUUGAUAUUCGUGAGAAUCUUCAUCCUUUAUACGUACGACUUCAUUUACCUAGGCAAUAAUAAAUUUUAGGGUUAAAUUUAUCAUUAAUAAGUGUGAAUCCUUUGCACUGUAUCGAGCGUUUUAAUAAUUAUUUAUUAUAAUCAUGUUUGAUGAUAUUUAUAUCGUGACUCCAUCGAGUUAUAAAUUUAUAAAAUGUUUCUAAGAAAUUUUAAAUAUUUAUAUUUGAAUCUUUUAUCAAAAUAAAAAACGAUUGUAUGCGAAUUUAAUAUCGUAUGAUAAACGAAAAGUGCAAAGGAUUGAAUUUAUCACGAAUUAUACUCGAGCAGAACCGCAGCAAGAAGAGAUAUAUAUCGAUUUUGUGUAUAUUUGUUCUAUUAUUUAUAUUUUUUGUGGUAGUUUUAAUCGUGUAAAUAUUUGUUUAUAAUGUAAAAAUUAAUUUAUAAAUAAGUUUAUUACAAUUAAUUUAUGAACAAGUAAAUUUUUUCUCUAUAACUCUAUAUACUUAGAAUUUUAAAAUAAUUUUUAUCUCUUUAUUUUUUCUAAAACAAACAUUAUUGUCUUAUUGCGAUUCUGUAUAUAUAGACUGUAAAUGAUAUUUAUAAAUUAAUAUCUACUAUUAUAUUUAAACAUUUCUAUUUCUAGCAAUUACUUUGAUUCGAAGCAUCAAACUAUACAAUUAUACGUAUACCAUUGACGUGCUUCUUUCAAAGCUUUAAUAGUACAAUUAUUUAUAUGAAUAUUUAUAUCGCUUUUUAUACACGAUAUUAAACCGAAACGAACCUUUUCUAAUAUUUCCACGUUUCUAUGGUAAAAGUAAUUUUGUCAUUGUAGUUUUUUUAUCGAACAAUCAUGCUUUAAUUCUCGAAUUCUCAUUUACUGUAAUCGUAAAACGUUUCUGACAAUAAUUCGUAUUGAUUUUGUUGUAAAUGUCAAGCAGUAGUUUCAAUGAUUUUGUUGUAACUAAAAAUGCAAAAGAUUUAAAUUAGUAAAAAAGAUUAUGGGGAUAAUUAUUUGGAGCAAAAUAAUAUUUGUUAUCACCAUACUAUGCUUCCAAAUAAUUGAUUAGCAUUUUUGUAUCGAUUAUAUUUUAUUUUAAAUGAAAUGCACACACCAUUUCUCAUAUUUUAUAUAGAUAUACAUAUUUAUGUAUGUAUAUGUACUUUGUGAUCUGACAAAUGAUCUAAAUUUAUCGUAGUUGCCUCUUGGAAUCAUAUACGUCGUUAAAUAAAACGUGUAAAAAAAGAACGAUACUUUUUUAAUUCCAUAUAAUGUUUUUAAGAUUCUCAAAAUAAUCCAAUACUUUUGAUUUCGACAGGCAUUGAUCGAUACUUUAAUCGUCGUAUAAUUUGUAAUGAUAUCUCAGUUUUUUAAACCAUUUUAAUCCUAUAUAAAAAAAUCACUUAUAUUAAAUUCAAAUUUGUCUGCGUGUUGCACACAACGGUUGCACAAACAUAUUUUUAUGGCUGUCCUCAUUUGCUCUCCUCUUCAAAAGAAAGCAGUCUCUUGCGUCCAUUUACUUUCCACAUGGACUUAAAGUUGUUCCGUGCCUUUAACAUUUUUCAAAUUAGGAUAAAUCGUAGAUUCUUUACGAUAAACCGUCCCAUUUUCCUUUUACUUCAACAUAUUGAAUAAUAUAUUAGAAGCGCACCGUUCACCAAAAAUAUCCUCGCUCGAUAAUUCUUCAUUGCAUCCAUCAAUCUUGUUUUCACAAUCUUUCUCUUUCUUUCAUUUUAUCAUUUAUCAUCCAUUUUCUCUUUCUCGAUCAAUGAUACUCAUGAUUCAUGCUCCAAUUAAAUGAAAUAUAAUUAAUAACUACUUGUAACGAAUUAUUUAAUUUCGAAGAACAACAUUCCUGAUGUUUCUUGGAAAAAAUAUCCUUGCAUCGUUUUUAAUAUUUUAAUUUAAAUAUUUUAAUUUCUUCACACUAGCGUGAUUUCAUUAAAACAACAGUUAUAGUUAUACUUGACGUGAUCGUAAAAUUUUACCUCUCAGGAUUAUUAAUUCCUUUCAUUCGAUGUUUUCGGAUUUACCGACAAUAGAAUACGGUAUCUUUAAUUCUCUCAAACCCAUCAAACUUUUUGGCACCGGCGUCGUUCCAGUUUUCGCUUGAUCCUUUUAUUAUCCGUAUUCAGUUUCUCGGAUUAUUAAAGUUGGUGUUCGUAAAAUCGCGAAGGCGGGACUAGAAAUGAAGUGUCUGGACAUCAAUGUGCGUGUUGAUAAGUAUAUCUAGUAGUAUAGGUGCGAAUUUUGAUAGGCUGAUAUCUAACUUAACUUCCAAUGAUCGUCAGAAAAAUUUCGAUUACGACUCGGUGUUAAUAUCUAUCGAAAUUAUGGAAUGAUAUUGAUAUUUUCACAAUAUUACUGCUUAUUGAUGAAUUUCUUUUUUUUUUCUUUUCAAUAGGAAGAAAUUAGAAUAUUUGCGAGUGAACAAGUAAUGAAAUUUAUGAGAAGAAAUAAAUAGAUUUUCAAUUAUCGAUCCAAUUGUAAUCUGAAUUAGGAAAAUAAAGAAAAGGAUUUCAGUUAAAAAUAUUACGUGAGAGUAAAAGAAUAAGAAUCUUAUCUACUUGGUCACGCCAAGUAGAAUAUUGAAGAUUUGAUUUAUGUUCAGUAGUUUAGCUCGCAUUAUGGAAUUCGAAUCGCAGACGAAAUUACGAAAAUAUAUUAUCAAUCGCUCAAUACGUAAUCAUUGUCAUUUAAGAGAUAAUGAUAAUACGAAGGAAGGGCAAUAUUUGUUCACAGAGGAAAAUAUUUAAUAAAAAGUGAAAAGCGUGGAGACAAUGGAAAAUUGUUGAAUAGGAUCCUCGCGACAAUGGGAGCGUAGAACAGAAUAGCGAAUUCAUAGGGAUGUGAAUGGGACGGACAAUAGAUGGUCAAUGAUAAUAGAAAAUGUUGCAUAAUGAUUCAGUUACGUAGGCAUAAAGAAAUUAACGAAACGCGUUUUCCAACUCCUUCUAUUCAUCUACCCGUGAACACAACUUUAACCACCAUCCGUGUAAAAAUACGGAUAAAUGUAAACAAUGGAAAUGUUCGACGAAACAUUUGACGUGUUCUUUCUCUCAAAGAAUAGUUUUUUCCUCGAUAAAAGUUGCACGCGAAUGAAGAAGAGAUGAAGAAAGAUUAUCAAGAUUAUCGUUUCGUUAAUACAAGUUGAAACUUUAUUCCCGUUGGCCGAGAUUUGGUACAGAUAAAAAAAGAGAGAAAGAAGAAGAAAAGUAUCAAAAUUUUCUCUCGAAUAGCGGAACGCGCGUGUACAGAGUGGGGAAAAAUAUAAAAGAAAGUUUAGCGGGUAAAAAGUUUCGAGUCGUGUGAAGAUACGCGUCGGGAUCAUCGAUGAUUCGUGCACGGAAAUGCACGAAAUACGUUUCGCGCUCCAAUAUCUUCUUUUCAACGAAUGAUUCGAUCGAAAUUGUAUUUUUGCCGUUGUAUUAUGAUAUUUCGAAUUCAUUCGUCCAUUUCGUCCGAUAAUUAAUUGGAUAAACCGGAUAAGCGUUUUCAGAAGAUGGAUAUAUUUACACGAAAUUGGUUUCUGCUCGCACUUUUCGUUUUACCGCUCGAGAUUAUCGAGAUGGGAAAUGGUUACAAACUGAUCAGACCGUACAAGUACUAUCAGCCUAGACCAUUGCGGUGGUCUGGAUGGUGGCACGCGGAUCACAAAUCAUCCAAGUUCUACCGUUCUAAGAGGAUAUCGCCGGAAGACUAUUACUCCCGCAGACCAAUCUAUAAUAGUUAUGAGUUGGCGAGGGACGAUUUUGAUGGACGUAUCGAAAAUUAUCCCUGCAUCAUCGUGAUACAAUUGUCUAAAGGGAGAUACGAAGACGAAGACGAUAAAAGAAACAAGAAAUACGAAAGAAUUCCUAUACACGGUGAAAAUAAUUACGUCGAGGAUAACGACGAAUCAAAGAUGAGAAACGUGCAAAUACAGGUGAAGAAUGAAAAAUUAGUAAUUUUCUUAAUCUCUUUCUACGAUCUUUGCAGAAAUAUAUAUAUUUUUUUUCAGAUGGUCAAAAGUGAAAAUCCAAAAUUGCAUAUCAAAAUAUCAAGAUCGGAUAGCGAAAAAGAUAUUAAAAUUAUGGAUAAAUUGAAUAUCACUGUGCGAGACCAAUAUUAUUGACAAAUUUGCACAACGAUGGAAUAACGUUGAAUUUUUAUAUCUUACUUGAAAAAUUUUUAAUGAAAAUGAAUAUUCUAGCGAUUGAAUUGAAAUUCUUUUAAGAAAUCUCAAGAAUUGUAAGGAUUAAAAACAAUAUUUUUAGAAAUUGUUAUUAUUUCUUGUAUUUAUUGUAUCGUGUUAUAAUUAUUAU